UGCUUGUAUUCUUAUCACAUUGUUUGGGAUAUAAAACAGUUGCUGGAGCUUAAAAUCAAAGAACAGGUGAUUUGAAAAUGGGGAGGAUGAUUGGAGGAUUGCUGAGAUUGUCUCCAUUUCUCUUUGCUUUAUUGUUUAGUUUUGCAUUUGUUUUGUUGCCAAGAGCUUUGGCAUGGAGCAAAGAGGGCCACAUCAUGACUUGUCAGAUUGCUCAGGCUCAUUUGGAACCGGGGGCGGCGGAAGCCGUCAGAAAUCUGUUGCCGGACUACGUAGACGGCGACUUGUCGGCGCUCUGCACCUGGCCGGACCAAAUCCGGCACUGGUACAAGUAUGGCUGGACAAGCUCCCUCCACUUCAUCGACACCCCCGAUCAAGCUUGCACUUUUGAUUAUUCGCGGGACUGUCACGACCAACAUGGAAUGAAGAACAGGUGCGUUGCUGGCGCGAUAAAAAAUUUCACCUCUCAGCUUUCUCAUUACCGGGAGGGAACUUCUGAUCGUCGAUAUAAUAUGACUGAGGCUUUAUUAUUCUUGUCACAUUUCAUGGGAGACAUUCAUCAGCCAUUGCAUGUUGGAUUCACGAGUGAUGAAGGGGGGAACACCAUUGACUUGCACUGGUUUAAGCACAAAUCCAACUUGCAUCACGUAUGGGACAGGGAGGUGAUUCUUACAGCAGCAGCAGAUUUCUAUGGGAAGGAGAUGGACCUACUCCUUGAGGACAUCCAGAAGAACUUAACACAUGGAUCAUGGUCUGAUGACGUUUCAUCUUGGAACGAUUGUGGUGACAUCUCUUCCUGUGUAAACAAGUAUGCAACUGAGAGCAUCAACAUGGCAUGCAAAUGGGGUUACAAAGGAGUUAAGCCUGGUGCAACUCUGGCAGAUGAUUACUUCAACUCGCGGAUGCCAAUUGUGAUGAAGAGGAUUGCUCAGGGUGGAGUCAGAUUAUCCAUGAUUUUGAAUAGGGUUUUCAGUCACACCCAUCUAGAAGAUAUGACUGCAGUGAUUUGAUUAGCUUAGUCAAGUCACUAAUUUGUAACCAAUAAUUAACCAGUUUCCAAUGUUCAUUCCUUUGACUAUUGAACCUUUGGAAUUUGGAUAAAUGUCAUUUUCAAUUGUAUCAAUUUGUCUCUAAUGCAGAUCAAUUUACAAAGCUAGAAA